GAAGAGCUAACAGACAAUAUGGAGAUCAUCCAGACGUACAGGCUCCACGUCUCACAGGAUAUACCACAGGACAACUUGGCCAUGUUCUACAGCAGCUACGACAGUCGUGCUGAGUUGCAGAUGGAGCGGCCCCUCCCUGGUCUAAAUGAAAACACAGUCACCACACUCAGGUGUCCUUCUCUGCUGGUGGUUGGAGACAUGUCGCCUGCUGUUGAUGUUGUGGUGGAGUGUAAUUCCAGACUGAACCCCACCAAGACCACCCUGCUCAAGAUGGCAGACUGUGGAGGACUUCCUCAGGUGGUGCAGCCUGGAAAACUGGCCGAGGCCUUCAAGUAUUUUGUGCAGGGGAUGGGCUACAUCCCUCAUGUUCUAUCAAACCGUCUGAGCAGCCAAUCAGUGCCCACAGCUGGUAUGACCCGGCUGGUCCGCUCCAGGACUCACUCUGCCUCCAGUGUGGGCUCCACAGACGGACUCCGGGCUCGUAAUGCCAACAACUCACAGGCAGAGGGCGCUAACUCCAGCGGGCCUGAACUCACAGAAGCUCUGAGCAUCCAGAUGACUGCGUAGGAUGUUUCCUGCUCUCUUCUUUCCCUCUCUCUCCUCCUCUGAUGCUCGGUGCACUGGAACUUUCCAAACAGUUGUGUGGUGGCUGUAAGGAGACUUAACUCUACAUGCUUCAUUGUGUUUCUUUCCUCCAGUAGACUGUUACACAUCUUUCUCUUCCUCCUUUGAAUGCUUUGUAGUCUAUUGUUUUUCUUUUCUUCUAAAUGGUGGUGAUAGAUGUAGUGAAGUGUAAAGGUUCAGAAUGACCCCCCCCCUCUCUCUUUUCUGUGUUGUCCUCAUGCCUCCACACAAUCUUUCAUUGAAGAAGUUGUUGAUUUAAAGAGGAACAUGUGAAGUUGGAGAAUAUUCCCUGUCUUCAGCGUUACUGAUCUUUUGAUUCUUGGUUUUAGCAUGCUAGCUGUUCAGUGGUCUCUUCUGGUGUGACUCCAUGUUGAUCGAACACAUUUCACUGCAGAAUGGACAAAUGGUGCGUUCAGGUGCUGCUCAGGUGGUCUCAGUUUCUGAGUCAUGUGAUUUCAGUUCAGAAAGUCUAAACGCACAGACACACAGACUGUUACAGUUCAAAGUGUUCCCACCUGAGCGGGUGUUCAUUUUACCACUCCUUAUAUUUGAGCACAUUUGUCCCACACUACAUGAAGGCAGUAUGUCUGUUGGAUACGCUGCAUUCAUGUAGUGUGGGACGAAUAUGCUCAAAUAAAACUUUGAACAGAGACAUUUCACUGAUCUUCUUCAUCAACUCCGUUUGUGUUUCAACAUUCAGACUUUCUGAACUGAAAUCACAUGACUCAGAAACUGAGACCACCUGAGCAGCACCUGAACGCACCAUUUGUCCAUUCUGCAGUGAAAAUGUCUUAGAUCAGUUUCUUUUGAUAUUGUCGGGCAGGUGAAGAGAGACAGGAAGUGUGGGGAGGAGAGAGAGCUGCUGCAAAGCGUCCGUACAUGGGUGGUGCAACAGAACCACUAGGCCCAGUGGUGAAUGUUCUUCUUGGUCUGUUCUCACAUCAGCUCAGACUGUCCUGGGGGGGGGUUAGGGUCAUGACUUGAUAAAGGAGCAUCAUGCAGGGUUAGUCUUCAGUCUGUAACAGAGAUGUGUUUGUAAAAACUUCUUCUAGAUGUUCUUCUCUGUAUUUAUUAACUGUUUGUUGUUUCAUGACUUCUGAUGUUGUUUAAUAAAGAUCGUUGGUUUGCCCUCAA